UCUCUUUCUGUCUCUCUUUUCUUUUCGCUCACUGAGUCGCAGUAAAUCCUAUUGUGAUGCUAAACUGAUUUUCGGAAGAGAGAUAGAGAGACAGAGAGAGGGAGAGAGAGAGGAGGUCUGAUUUCUGUUUGAGCAGAUCCGAUCUGACCUUCUUCGCUCUUUAAGUUUUGCACAUUUCUCCUCCCUGAGUAACUUUGUAACCUCCUUUAGAGUUUAGUUUCGGGUGUUUUCUGCGCCUCUCUGCGCGUCAGGAAUGCACUUUGCAGGAAACGCAGCUCGGCGCUCGGACACUUCACUUUUUUCACUUUUUCUCAUCGAGGAUUUAUAAAUGAAUGAAGGAUAUGCAGUCGUGAAGGAGGCAUCGUUAACGUCAGUCCGGUAACCCGGCCCUCAGUCCGCCGGGCCGCAGCCGGGCUGAGGACACAGCAGCCCGGAGAGAGCGCUCCCCGGCCCGGGCAUGGAGAGCAGCGGCGGCCGGGCGGGGCUCCAGCAGCAACAGGCGGCGGGCGGAGGAGGAGGAGGAGGCGGCUGGGUGCUGGUGGAGGCCCGGCUGCAGGGAGGAGCACCGUGGGGCUUCACCCUGCAGGGCGGCCUGGAGCACGGAGAGCCGCUCAUUAUCUCCAAGGUGGAGGAGGGCGGUAAGGCGGACCGUUUGGAACAGCCUCUUCUGGUGGGCGAUGUGAUCAUCAUCAUAAACGAGGUGGAGCUGACCGGAUACAGACAGGAGGCCAUCACUCUGGUUAAAGGAUCGUACAAGACGCUGCAGCUCACCGUCCGCAGGGAGUUCGAUCCGGGAUACAUCGAGGAGUUUGACACUCCGUGCUCCUCUCCUCCCGCUCUUCCUCCUCCUUCUCCACCUCCUCUAUCGUCUCGUUCCCGUCCUUCCACUCCACAACAACAACAACAACAACAACAAACGCCGUCACCAUCCCACCACAGCAGAUCAUGUUCGGCUGGAGGAGUCCAAAUGCGCAUCAAGAACAGACGCAGUGAACAGGCGUCUCGUCCUCACUCAUGGCACUCGACAAAGCUCGGUGACGGACCGCAGGAACUGGACCAGCGAGGGAUGGACACGAUGAGUAGCGCCUGGCACCACAGCUACCACGCCAGCGCUUCGACCACCGACCUCUCCGGCGGGUUUGACUCUGGCGGCGGCGGCUACCUGAGGAAGAGUCCAGACCAGUACAGCUCCAGAGGCAGCAUGGAGAGCCUGGACCCUCCACAGUCCUCCCAGCUUCACAGUGGAGCUCAGCACCACCACCAUCACACCCACAGUGGACCCCACCCUGCCUACUCCUCCUGCCACCAGCUGUCCUCUGCCAGGUCCUCCAACAGCAUCGACCACCUCCACAACAAACGAGACUCCGCCUACUCCUCAUUUUCCACCAGCUCUAGCAUCCCUGACUACCUUGCCUCCAACCCUUCCUUCAGCCAGGAGCGUUCCUAUUCGCUGGAGACGGUUCCUCAGAGAGGAGGCGGGAGUGGAGAGCUGCAGCAGGCUGACAUGCGUUACGUCCGGACUGUUUACGAUGCCCAGCAAGGAUUAUCUCAAGAGCAAGAGUUAGGCUCGACCUCGGCUGCAUUCUUACGCAGCAACGAUUCCAGAAGCGGUGUAGGAGCGAGGACAGGACAGAGUCGAGAUGUGCAAGUCGGUGGGGUCUGUUAUCGUGGAAGCAGCAGCGGAAGCAGCAGCAGCAGUGGCAGCAGCUGUGGAAGUGUACCAGCUUCAAACAGACACAGCGUGGGUCCAAUAUGGGGUCCAGCAGCCAGCCGCAAUUCCUACGAGAGCCUGAAGGGGGCACCGGCUCCACCGAGGCGCAGCGACAGCUACGCAGCCAUCAGAAACCACGAGAGACCAAACUCCUGGUCCAGUCUGGAUCACGCCCGGUCACUAAGGUCUCUGCAGAAGGGUUCCUGGCAUCACUCCAGUGGUCCUGUGGCCUCAGGCGCAGCCAAAGGCUUGUACAGUGCCGAGGGUCAGCUCCACACAGUGAUAGAGAAGAGUCCAGAGAGCAGUCCCACCACUAAGCCCCGGCAGGGUGGCGGCUUCCCCCAGUCCCCUUCUCCCCCUCCUGGACCCACAGCCCAGUCGGGUAGGUUGAUUCUGCCCACCGGCAUGUAUCCUGUCCCCCAGCCUGAGCCUCACUUUGCACAGAUGCCCAGUACCAACCCUGGGCCUGGAUCCUCUGGAGUCUAUCCUGCCCUUGCCAAGGAGAGCGGCCAACAGCAACACCAGGGGCUGGACGGACAGAGUGAGAGAAGGAUAUCAACAACAGAAAACGGAUACCAAAAUAGCACUUCAUCUUCACCGUUCUCCUACUCGUCUUCGUCAGCAUUUGCCUCGACACAACUCAGAACUCAAGCACACGAGAACGACAGACCUCAGAAGGAAGAGUCUUACCUGAAGACAGCAGGAGGUGGAUCUAAGGGCCAGGCAGGGGCCAGAAGACCCCAAAACCACCCGGGACCUCACAGCCAGAGCUUCCAAGAGCCCUUUAUUCAUGCAAGUCAAUCAGCCAACAACCAAGUAUUCCAGGAACUCAACCAGGAUUUCUAUAUCCCCAACAUCCAGCCCACCCUUGAAACCCCCAGACCGUUAUCCUCUCAAGACUGGAGGGACCCCCCCAUUUCUGUUCAGUCAAGAGGCGACAGGAGCAGAUCAAUGGACCAGACCAGCAUUCAUUCAGAGCCGCUGACGUCACCCAAACUCGCCCAGGGACAAGUACCACCUCCACACUUUCCUGUUCAUCCUCAUCCUCAGCCCCUGGCUACAUCCAUCCCUGCCCCCCAUCUGUCUCCCCAUCACCUCAGUGACUCAGCUGCUCUGCAGUACCAGCAAUGGGAACAAGACAGAGACAGAGACCACCCACUGACCCGUCUGGAGAUCGCUCUCGCUGAGGUCCAACAAUCCACCAGCCCAGACAGUGUUUUCUCUGCCAACAGCCACGGCAACAGUCACUUUGCUGAAGACAGUCAUGGACCUGUCCGCAGCCUCUCUGUGCUGGAGAAAGUCAGUCGAUUCGAGCGUCGGGAACAUGCCGGGAAGCAGCGCAGUCAAAGCACCACCACCACCAACCCGCAAAAAGCCGGCCAAUUGAGGUUGAAUGAAAAGGGCCGCAGCUCCGCCUGUGGAGCAGAUGAUCUCAGAAACAUGCUUGAGAGAAGCACCAGCAUCAGCAAAGCCCACAGAACCAUGAGCUACAGAGGAGUCAGCAACGAACAAGCGAGACCCAGGACGCCAGUAGAUCCUAAUUCAGCCCUCCAGAGGAGUCGCAGCACCUUUCACAUUAAUGAAUCCAGAGAGGGCAACCCCAGCAAAGACUUUCCCUGGAGACAGGAAGCCAAUCAGAUACUGGGCUCGAUGCAGGAAACUUCUCCCAACAGAUCUUACAGGGACUCUCUAAAGGAUGCCCAGUCUAAGGUCCUGCGGUCCACCUCUUUCCAACGGAGAGACCUUAGCACCUCGGUCACACCACCUCCUGCAGCUUCCCCUCCGGGUUCCACCACCAGCAGCCAUCAGCCUUCACCCGUCCAUGCCAAGUACCAGUCCCCGGAGAAAAAAGGUCCAAAAACCAUGCCUAAACCUCAAGGCGUCGUCAUCCCUUCCCAGUCACCGCCACCAAUCACCUCCCCUCACGCCCCAAAGGAACGACACAUGGUUACCCCAGAGGUUCGAGGCCAGAGCCCCCCGGCCCUUCCCAGUCUCCCACCUGUCGGACCUCCUGCUGUGAUCCGGAUCUGCGGUCGAAAGCGUCUGGCAGCGGACCAGAAAAAGCGUUCAUACUCAGAGCCAGAGAACUUGAACGAGAUCGGGAUUUCGGAUCCAGAGACUGCUGCCCUCUUCAGGCGUGGAGGAGAGACCAGCUUGGCAGAUCGGCGGAGGAUGUUUGAGCAAAACGCUUCGUCGAGAACCGACCUUCGCCAGGUGCAGCAAGACGCUCUGGCUGAGUAUGUGAAGAGGAAGAGAAGUGUGACAAAAGAUGACGGAGGACAGAGAGGUGGACAGAGGCCACGCAGUGCCUUCAUCCAGCCUGAAAACAGCAACCACACGGCCUCCUCUGUUUACUCAGACACCAUGAGCCUCUCGUCUGCCUCCAGCCUGCUCUCCCUACAGGAAUCCUGCUUCUCCUCUGAAGGAAGGAGUCUCAGCUCCAGCCAGACUCCUGGAGCAGACUUACGGAGUUUCCAGUCCAAUCUUUUCUACCCGGGAAGAGUGACGUCACCCAGACCUCCAGCACAGUCAACAUCAGGUGCUCCUUCCCCACCUCAGCUCCUGGCCCAGAGCCUCCAGGAUCUCUCCCCUGAAUCAGAGAUCAGCAGGCAGAGCCAGACAUCCUUCAGAGACCUGCAGCAGACGACAGAGUCCAAACUCAACCGGCGACUGUCCAAGGAGCUGAAUGGGGCUCUGCAGAGAGCUGGGUCACCUCGAGGAUCGGUGAAGUCGGCCUCUACGGAGGAUCUCCUGGAGAGAACGGAGGAGAGACACAUAUCUCCUCAACACUACAGAUCCCGCUCCUCCCCCAUAGUGGAGAUGCUCAACCAGGACCAACAUUCAGGUGACGUCCGGCUGUUUGGUGUCUUCAUCUCUGAAUCCAUGCACUGCUCUCCGGCUGCAGACAGACCUGGAGACAUCCAGGCAUCCAGGGGCCCCGUCUCUCCUCAGCACUCCCACAACAAUCUGAACGCCGUCCAGGCUGCAGGACCUGCAGAAGAUCUCAGCUCCACACACACUCCCGUCAACCGUAGGGAGCGACAACGUUCCAACAGCUUGGCGGCGUCGGUCGGCUUGCCCUGUCCCUUCUCCCCAUCUGGGACGGAGGACGGAGGCAGCACUGAGUGGCGUGCCAACGAGAGGCUGAGCCAAGCCAACCUGGAUGCCAUCACCUUCCCAGGCAUCCCACCAACCAGUGCAAGUGAUGGUGUGGACGCUCUCGGCUACAAUGACUUCAGACAGACGAGACACAGUCUGGGUGACGCCAGCAUUUUGGAAGACACAGCAAAGGAUGUGUACAGAGAAAGAGCAUUCAGUUUAGAAAUGAGAGGAGGACAUUCUGCGGAGAACGCCGAACGAGAGAUCCCUACACCCCUGACUGAUUUCCAACAAAGGGACAGCAGGGAUAACGCACCAUCUUCUCCUUCGCCAUCCUAUCCGUCCUACCAGCAGCGUCUGUCCUCGCUCCGAAUAUCUGAGUCCAACCUUUUUAGCCCCAUUGAUCAGCAUCCUCCUCUAAAAACAGGCUUUUCACAGGAGGAGUAUGAUGACGUCUUCCUUAAAAGUCCUGCUCAUCCAUUAACUAAUUUACCUGUCAGAGAGACAAACAUCGAGGACGACUUCCCUCCUCCACCUUCUCCCGUUGAGUUGGAGCAAGAAGUUAGACACCAGGCCUUUGAAAGACCUGUCCUGGAGGUCUUAAACAACUCCAUAAUUCCCAACAGGACUUCCAACCUUCAUUCCUCUCCCACAUCCCCUUCCUCCAGUGUCAUUCCUCCAUUUGUUCCCAGCAACCUUCCUUUACAAAGUCAGCACUCUACCACGAUCACCUCCAUCACCAAGAACGACGACAGCCUGGGUCUGGAGUAUCAGCCUCUGCCCAAGAGGGAGAAGACCUCAGAGGAGCAGCGAGUGGAGGCACUAGCCAGGCAGCUGGUGCAGCAGGACCGCUCUCUGGCACCCUUCCUGGACACAUGGGGUGGUAAAUCCACCGUAGAGCUCAUGGAGGACAUCUUUCAAAAUAGCAAAGCUGGCGGCAAAUCUCCCUGGCAGCACAGAGGCAGUAGACCAGCGGAUGACAGGAUCCAAGAUGGCAUCUGUGAUCUCGCUCAGAUCACGACCACAGACGGAGGGAUGCAGACAAACCUGGAAGAGGAUGAGAAAGACCUCAACACCAAGAAGGUGGAGCUGUGUGAGGCUCUGAGGAGCAGCGUGGCGGCUCUGCAGCAGAAGAAGGAGGCGCUGAGCGAGGAGCAGAGACGUCACCAGGUGCUGGGAGCAAGCAUCGAGACGCUGGUGCAGGAACACCUCAAACCCAACGAGAGGGACAAGUACAGCAUGUUCAUCGGAGAUCUGGAGAGGAUCGUGAACCUGCUGCUGUCUCUGUGCAGCCGGCUGUCGAGGAUCGACAGAUCUCUGCUCGCUCUGGAGAGGGAGGAGCUGACACAGGAGGGAGCAGCUGAGGAGAGGGACUCCCUCCAUCACAAGCGCUCCCUCCUCCUCAGUCAGACCGAAGACGCCCGGGAGCUGAAGGAGAACCUGGACCGGCGGCAGCGCGUGGUCCACGCCAUCCUGACUGGCUACCUCACCGACCAGCAGCUGCAGGACUACCGACACUUUGUCAGCACCAAACCCUCCCUCCUGAUAGGCCAGCGGCAGCUCGAUGACCUCAUACGGCAGGAGGAGGAGCAGCUCACACGAUUGGCCGAGAGCCUGCCGCAAGAAGUGGCGGAGGCUCACAGUUGGUCGAGGGGAUUUCCGUUCUUGUCAUCCAGCCCCUCUCACUGCUCAUCGCCUGUUCCCUCGAUCCUCCCUCCUCCGUCUGUGACCCCAGGCCCCGCCCCCUCCGUCAGGUCAACCACGGUGACAUCAUUGUGAUGUCAAGGGCGAGAAAUGAAGGACAAGAACUGAAGGAACGAGUUUUACAUGAAGGAUUAGCGGGCCUGAAGGAUCUGUGCUCACACUGAAAUAACUAUGCAGACUUCACACCUUUGACGUGCCUGGUUUAUUCACACCUGACUGUUUGUUACACACUGCUCGCCUCAUCGUCACCUGACACUGUGUGGACUCAACGCCUGCGCCGACCCUCACACUCUGUUUUAAAGACGCUUUUAUGGGCCGUGAGGUGUUUUCAGGUUAGACCUGUAUUAUCGGAUACACUCCUGAUAUGUUUUUGUGCAGUUUUCCAGCUAUUAAUAAUACUCUCUUGAUUAUAAUCAUCGAUAUGUUUGGUUUCAGUAUCUAUCUCAUAUCUAAGAAUAUCGUACAGGAAAGAAGGAAGCGGGUUUGAAGCUGUAAAGAUAAAAGUCAGCUUUAAUUGAUGAAUAAAUGGUUCUUUUUAAACGUCCUGAGUACUAAGAAAUUACCCUGUUAAGGUUCUUCUGGUCUCUUUAAACCUUGGACCUUUUAUUUGACAGAUUUGGGGUAAAAAUUAUCGUAAUGGAAGAACAGUUUUGGAUUGCUCCGGCCUGCAGAUGUGAAACAGGCUGCAACGUACGUCCAAUUAAAGAGCUCAUGUCUUUCAGUGACAGUCAGAGUCUUAUUUUAAGAGUCCGACAGCGCAACAGAAAAGUUCCCUUCAGAGAUCGACCUUUAAUAAGAUGAUUGGACCGUGGAUAGAAAAGGAAACUGAAGAGAGAGAGAGUGAGGAUGGAAUGUAGCAGAGAGCCACAGGUCAGGUUUGAACUCAGGCAGCCCUCCUCCAUGGCUUUAACCUCUUUGCAUUCACUGUCUUUAAAGGCACCAGACUCCAUUGUGAAAAGAGUGAUAUUAGCUCACUGAGGACAGGAGUUGUUUGUUUCCAGUGGCCUCGAACAUUAACAGAUUUACAUGGUUGUUGUGUAAACAAAUAUGUCGGCUAUAAAUUAAACACAUCAACAAUUAAGGUCACAAAGAAAACAGUUAGGCCAGUGGUAGACACAUUGACUGAAAAACAGACUAAAAGUAACGUCACCAUUUGGUUUCUGAAGCCUUUAGCCUCCUGGCAAACAGCUGCAACACACCCAUGUCUCAGUCAACGCAUCACGCCCUUUAAUUAAUGCAUAACUCUUGACCUUAACAUCGUCAAAGUAGAUGAAUGAUGAAAAAUCAUCCCCACAGAUGUCACGAAUACAGAAACAAACUGUUGAGACCAAAGCUGUUCUUUACACCCGAGGAUUAGGGCCUCAUUUAGAUGAUAAAAGAAUGAGAUUUCGGGAAUUAAGAUGUAAUUUUAUGAGAAUCGUCGUAAGAGAAAAAAGUCAUACAUUUUUUGAAAGAAUAAGUUGUACAAUUAUGAAAUAAAGGUGUUAAUUAACUAGAUUAAAGUAAUACAUUUAGAAGAAUAAAGGUGUAAUUUAAUGAGAAAGAAUACAUGCAGGCUUUAGUUGAUCCGAGCAGCCAGCCUCCUGCACUAACAUCAGAAAGGUGGAUCAGCUUGUGAAGUUAAACUCAGCAGAAAAUGUUAUUUUACUACUGUAUUCUUGAAGUCCCUUUUUUUUCGUCUCUAAUGUGAGCUGAAUACUCUGUCAGAGUUUGUGAAAAUCGUCAUUUUUAAAUGGCACCAAAUGGUGUUUCCUAAGCUUUUGGAGACAGCCUCUAGUGGACACUGAAGGAACUGCAGCUUUUUGCGCUUCCACAUUGGCUUUUAAUUUCAACACUAAGUUGCAACUUGGUCUAAUUUUACAUGUUUACUUCUUAUCAGACAUCUAUUGUCUUGGAUAUGAAGUAACCACAUCAGAAGUCAAAGUCCCACUACCACACAGCUUGUGUCGGCGAGUCUGGUGGCUUUGAAGAGAACAAUGCAUCCAUCACCUGAUUCUUCUAAAGGUCUGUCUCUGUGGGAUCCUUCCUGUAAUGCUGUCAGACUCUGAGAAUAACAAUCUGAGCCUGACAAAAAUAGGACACGUUUAGGCUGACACAAACUACCAGAGCAAUCAGAAAACGUUUCAUCCCUUUGAGUCAUAAAAAAAGGAUCCAAGCUUUAAAAUACCGACGUCUCCUUAACUGGCACUUUCAGGAGUCUUAAACAUUCGGACGCUCGUCCAGGGACGUGUUGUUUUAUAAAGACGAUCUAAAGGGAGCAGGUGUGGUCGAGAUACCUGCUCUGCUUUCGCACAUGUACAGAGAACUUAUAAACUAAAUGAACACCAAAAGGAGGGUUUUUAUUUUACAGUCAACACUGAGAGAGAAUCAGAGUGCACAGAUCCCCGAGGGUCACCGGCUUCGUAAUAAUCACUGUCACAUGAUACUGAAACACUACCACUGGAGCUCCUCUUACAACACUUUAACUACUGUCUGCAGCAGCUUUUACACUGAAUAAUAAACAUCUACAUCUCUACACCUCUCUGCAAGGUGACAAAAGACUUGACGUCAAAAUUACAAUUUGAGAUCCCAAAGAUUUUUGCAGGAGGAGAAAUUUGCAAACAUGAACUUUAUUUAUGUUUGGAUUUUAAGUUUUUUUUCGUACAAAACUUUUUUUUCUCAGUUUCACAAAAGACAGAUUUGCAACCUGAACUUCUAAAUUAUUAUCUGCCAUUUUUAGUGCUUAAUAAGUGCAUUUUUCAUCCUGAAGAAGUCCAGAAUGACGACAAAUGCCACAAUUUUUUAAAACAAAAUUUUGUAAAGAAAACGAUUUAACUGAUCAAAUGUAAACAAGGAAUGAAAAACUGAAGCUGCAAUGAGUUUCCUGCCGAUUGCAUUAUUUAUUAAAUACAGCAGUGAUUUUUUUAUGUUCAUUAAAUUUCACAUUUCUGAAGUUCAAACAAAGACCGUGAUUUUUGCAAAACAGCUGCUGACAAAGUACAAAACGUGAAGGACUAAAGUUUCAUUUUACUGCAGAGAUCCUUAUUGUAGGUAAAAAUGCAAUCAAGUGUUGUUUUGUUUUCUAGAUUUCCGGAGGAAAGAAAGGUUGCAGAAAAUAAACACUAAGCAGAUUUUAACACUUCUUUUUUAAAACUGAGUAUCUGAUCUAUGUUGGAAGUUGAAGUUCCUCAUUUUAUCUCCGUUACUAUCUCAGUUUGUCUUUUGUUUCACUUCACAACACCAUCCGAGAAUAGAUAGUGCACAUGAUUGAUUUCUUAUAAUCAAUUUGUUGAUGUGCUGCACCUCCAUGAAGUUUGGGGACAGGUGGCUGAAGUUUCUGGACUUUUAAUCCCUGGUGAGACUCAAGCCCCUCAAACACUAAAUCCUACAAUUCCCAUAACGCAACUUAAAACAUUUUUUUUGUUUUAUCACAUACUCUCUUCCUACAUCCAUUAGAUCACAGAGCUUCAGUUUAUAGUGCAGCUUUAUUUUAUAGUUUGAGUUCUGGAGUCCUCGUUUAUCAAGAGAUAUUUUACCUUUAGGGUCAUAAAAAGGUUAAAGCAACAUAAAGUUUUGGUGGCACAACAAUGAUGUAUUUAUUUUAUGUCAGAGUCAUGUUGCACAUUUGACCUGCAGAGUACUUACGAAAAAUGUAAAAUGUGCAAUAAUCAGAAGACUAAAAAGCCAACAUUUAAAGGAGAACAUAUCAAAAUUUUGCCUUGAUAUCUCUCAUCAUACUCCAAAUUUAAGGGGAAGGGAAAUAGCUAAAAAAUUGAAGCAUGUGCUGUUUGUUGUUCCUUCUGUUCGGUUAAUCUGGGGACUCAAACACACAAAAAUCGAUACUUCUUCUAUAAUCAAAGAUAAUGAAGGGAUCAAAAAGCUGUUUUUACACUUUCCCCUGCUUCACCUACAUGUUCCGUUUGACUGUUUUUGUUUUAAGAGCACAUUUUUAAAUAUUCUCAUAUUCUGUAAACAUUAAAAACACAAACUGCCUUACAUCCUCAUCAAUAACCCAGAUUUGACUGUUGAUUUGUGUUUGUGGUUUUUGUUCUUGUUAUUCGCAGAGUCACGGCAGGAUGUUGGAAACAUUUUUGGGGGGGUUUGUUAUUGAAUGAUAUUCACUUUACCACAGAAGGACGAUUCAAGACAACUCUUGAUUUUUGCAAAAUAAAUGAAGAUUUUGUAAAUGA